AUGUGUUUCGGUCCACCACCGGCAUCGGGUCUUGCAUCAGCAUCAAUAAGGAUCAACAAUGGGGAUAUCGAAUGGGUGAGCUCUUACAACGCUAAUCUUGACAGCUCCGACUCGAACGUCGCAACGACAGCUGCAGAAAUGGAUUCUGAAACGAUACGAUAUUGGGACCGAGUGAUUGACAAGGAUCCGUCUUUCCCAUACUUUUUGCUGCGAUCCGUAACUCAGGCUGCUAUGGCGCCUGCUGGAGCCGGGCAUCAAUGGCGAGGUCUGGUCCGAGCGGGUAUCAUCGAAGCUCUUUGUGAGGGCUUGCUCGUGGCACCCGAGAAUCCACCCAUGUCAGUCGGACUGGACAAGCAUUUUAUCCCUAUAUCAACAUUUUGGAAUGCUGGGAUAAAAGUCAUCUCGACGGUCCCGAUCGUCUGGGACAAGCCAGGAUCCUCAUUAGACAGGCGGCGUUUCGACGAACGCAAAGGAUUCUGCCAUCUUAUAAAGGACUUGCACAUGAUGGAUGAAACAUUCACGCACAUUUUCUUUACGCCGGGAGAUCUUACUGUAUCCGUGAUCAGUCGGUUCAUGACAGCCUGCACGCGAGCUGAUGAGCUCAAUGAUUGCAUUGUUGUUCUAGUCGGCACCCUUGAAGCCAAUACACAGCAGGUUACGGCACUGUUGGAAACUUGCUCGGAUAUAAUCCUCAACAAAGUCGAGGACAAAUUGGCGAAGGCGCAGUACACUGUAGGCUUUGUGCGGACCUGCAUGAACACGAAUCUCCUCGAGGUAUUGGAAACUCUACUCAGACGUGAAAGAGGGGACGUCGCAUUUAUAUAUUGUGUUUCUGGUUUCAUCCAAAAUUUGACGAUACUCGUCCUCGACGUACCAUCCGUAAUACCCUUGGUCCGUCCACACAUGCCCCGCCCUCGCUUAAUGCGAGAAUAUCUGGAUAUCAUGUUUUCGCCCAACGACAUCUUUAGAGCGCGUGCCCCAGCUGGAUCUGACAGCCUGGAACCCAGCAGGGCUCUAUUUCUCUUAGCAGUAAGCCGCGCGUCGACCGUAUGGAUGGCGAUGGAUGCACUAGACUACACGUGCCAGAUCACUGGACAGUGCAUGCGACGAGGAUGUACGAGACGGAGGGUAUCCCGCUGCAAGGCCUGCAAAACCACAGAGUACUGCGAUAUUCAGUGUCAACGCCUGGAUUGGCAAGAGCAUAGAUGGGUUUGUGGAUACUCGAAUUGUUCGGACCUAAUAGAAGUGCAUCCCGAAGGUAAAGCUGAGAAGCCGGACGCUCUGCCAAAGAGAUUCCCCUUUCGAUUUGGAGAGGUCGAGCCGUUAAAGAUUGAAGAACUUAUGGAAGUGUCGGCCUAA